GACACCGCACCGAAAAUGCUCUUCUUGCCGAGAAUCCGCAAUCAAGAGCUGGAGUAGCACGGCUUUUCCAAUAUAUGGGAGGAUAUUGGUUCACAAACCAAGGACCUGAACGUUUUUGCGUCUCUGGCGACGAUCAACGAACCAACAAUGAAGUUGAAUCCUUUAAUCGCUGGUUCAACGCACGUUGCGGUCCGCAUCAUCAAAAUUUCUGGUCUUUCAUACAACAUCUUCAAGAAUGUAAUGAAAAUACAGAGAGGGACUUCAUUGCCUUCAUGAGGCCUUCAUCACAACGUUUGGUAAACAAGCGACGCGACCGUAACAUCAAGACCUUAACGGAACAGCUAACAUCCGGCGCAAUUCAGAUAUAUGAGUUUCUCGAUGUGGCGGAAGAAUUCUUCGAACCCGAUCAGCUUGAUAGAACGGUCGAUUUGCUGGCCCGUCCAGUGCCAGAAAAUGACGAUCAAGAGGGCCAGGCUGGGAUAGUUGCCGAAGAGCCAGCUCCAGUUCAUCGUCAACCUGUUCGUAGACGCCGGCUUUCAGCUGAAAAUAUCGAUGAAGUUCCAGCUAUCCUUGCUUUUAUUGCCGUACUCCAGUCGCUCAAAUUUUCAAUUAUUUUCCCUGAAUUACUUUUAUUUAUUCACCAGUAUGAUCUGUUUUCUUUCCUCAUCUGACCCAUAAAAUUAAAUUCGAAU